AUGUCAUCGCUGAUCGAGAGCAGUAGAAAAAUGGACGAAGUGUUUGCGAUCACCGGAACCAUGAGGUACAUGGCGCUGGAGCUUCUGUGGAAUAUCAGUGAAAAUAAAUUCACGCUUCCGCAGAACUAUCGGCAUGAUCUGGAAUCGUUUUUCUACGUCUUGAUCGUGGGAUCCAUGUGUUAUGGUCGUGAUUCCAAGAGUCAACCGGCACACUUGGAAAAAUGGUUCACUGAGUCUGCAAGGUCCAACUACGAGUCGAAGCAAUCUGAUAUUAUUCAAAAUUUUGAUGCAAAGAUAAUUAGUUAUUUCUCACCAGCCUUUGAUGGUGUCAAGAAACUUGCCAAAAACUUGCGCAAAAUAUUAUUUGGACAGAGUAUCGACCAGUUUGGCAUCGACGAAAGUUCCGACGACUUGUACGAUCCGAUCACAAAUGCAAUCAACGAAACUAUUGAUGAGAUUGUUGGCAAGAAAAAGAAUUCUUGA